AAAUUCAUCAAACACUUAAAAAAGAAUUUUCCUUACAAAAAAAGUUGAGAAAAUACAGCAGAUCAAUACAGUUACUCCAAAAGCGAAAAAUGACAAAUGGGCAAUCUCAAAGUGAUAAGAAUGAAAAGAAGAUACAUGAAAUUUUAAAAACCCUCCUUUUUCUGCUUCAAACAGGAGAAACGCUGAAUUAUGCGGCGCUCGUUAUCGCCUGUGCGGCAUUACUUUAUGAAGGAUAUUCUACCACAGAUGACAUUGAUACGUCCAUGAAAAACAUCGGCAUUUCCUCAUUUGGGUCUUUUAGUGAUGGAAUCUUGAUGCAGAACGUUUGUGCAGGAGUUAUUAUUGCAUUCAAUGCAUUGAACAUUAUUAUUCAGUUGAUUUUGUUCGUUCUUUGGUUUUUUCAAAUACGUGUUCCAUCUCACCCUGAAGAGAAAGAGAAAAAGAAGAAAGAUUUCAAUAAAACAAUGAUGGUAUCCUCUAUAGUAGCAGGUAUACCAACAUUUGUUUGCCUUAUUUUGUUAUCAGUCUACAGAAAUCCGGAUUUAAAUGAGGACAAAGCCACUGUGAAAUCUGCAAUGAAGACUUCUUUGGAGAAUAACUUCCUAAGUGACGACACAUACAGUUCCAAUAUGAUUUCAAAUGAAUGGAACAAGUUUUUUAUGAAGCACCGUUGCUGUGCAGUGGACGCUGUAUUUGGUACAACAAACGACUUUGAUAAUACUCCGUGGUGUACAACAUCAGGCUCCUGUCAACAGACCAAUUCUCAGAUUCCAAAGACAUGCUGUAAAUACUCCACGACAUCUGACUUCAGCUCAGCUAGAAGUGGUUGUCACUCCUCUGUUAGUAGCACCUCUUAUUAUGAAACGGGAUGCUUUCGUUACGUCUUUGAAGAAUUAGAAAAAUUGAGGACAAGAAGAAGAAAUAAAAUAAAUGUUGUUCUUGGUCUAGGGGGGGCAGCAUUAGUUAUAAUGAUCUUUACAAUCUGUUAUAACGUGCGUUUAUUAAGGAAAAGGAACGAAGAUACAUGUAAUAAGGCUUGACAUUAAAAGAGUGGAAUAUAUCAGUAGACAUGCAUAUAACAUUCUUUUCAGUUUAAAUGAUCGUAUUGUUGUCAGUUGCUGACUUACAUAUUCUAUACAAUAUUAUCAGUGUGCUAAUAAUUGACGUAUCCAGUUGCAUUGUACAUGUAAGGUUACUUGUAUUUUAUUUAAAGAAGUAAGAAUGUAUCGUGCAAUGCAUUCCUGAUGCUUAAUCGUUUUUAAUUUGUGUUUUGUUAGCAACUUAAUUCAAUAUAUAUAUUU